AUGCCGAAGCAUUUGUCUCGAAACACCGUUGCUGAGUUUCCAGUCGAAGCAAAUUCCGUAUACGCGGCAGAUGACAGAGAAGAACUGGAAGAAACUAGAAUCUCCGGUAGAUCCAGCGAUACGAAAUCGAUUGGUAGCCUCAGUCAACAUUUCUUCGAAAGCGACGAAGACGAGAAAUAUUACGGCACUUGCAAUGGUUACGCUUCGCAGCCUGGCAGCAAGUCAAACUUAUUGUUAUGCAGCGAAUGUGAUCAGAAAACCCGUACCUGCACGUACAGACCACAAACGCCUGGCUCCUAUUCUAGUAGAUACGUCGAGGAACGUUUCGACGAUCGACUUCAGGAACCAGGAACUUCCCGCACAUACAAAAGCCCGAUUCAUAUGUCUUCUCCUCGGUCGGUAUGUCACGAUCAAGAGCAUAGCGGUCAAUCUUCCUCGCCUAGGUCGUUGUAUCGCGAUCAAGAGUAUCGAAGAGUUUGGCCCAAGAAAUACGAACAGGAGCAUGACCGAAGGGACUACGAAGACAGAGAUCUAAAGCAGGACGACGACAGUCCUGUCUGCGAAGUCUGUCAUGGAAACGGUCAUGUGGUUCAAUGCGAACAUUGCGAUUUUUCCAGCGAAGGUGAUUUAAUAUGCUUCCGAUGUCAGAGCGACGAAGGUUCGUCGAAUGGUCAGAAUUGUCCUCGUUGCGAAAAAAAUGACAGAAUAUUAUCGAGCAGGGUAGGAUCACAAAGGGGAACAACGUCAUCGAGCGACGAAGGAAAGUACCCGGUAGAUGCUGUAGUCAAAAUCCAGGUUAACGAUCAUAUGAUCGACGUAGACUCGGAUGAGACGCCUGAAAGUGACUUAUCAAGUAGUCAUCACCACCAGAGGGGUACGAUGGACCGACUGGAUACUAUUGUCGAGACAAAGGGAGACACUGCCAGUGAAAACGACGAGGAAAACGGCGGUACAAAACUAAAUGGAACUAACAGCGCAAGAUAUCUCAAUUAUAUGAUCGUACUGUUUCUGUAAAUAACAUGGUUACGGUAGCUGCAGUUGAGCUAUGGAUCAUGCUGGUAAAUGGAGAGUGUUGUUUCGUUGAAAUUAGCAGUUGACAGAUGACAAACAUAGACACACUUGUAAUACUUUGCAAGUUUUAAAGCUUCAAAUGAUUUCAUGAUAUCUAUAUGACAUUGAUACUGCACUUAUUAUAAUACUGUUAUAAUAACAUACUAUUUAUAUGCUAGUACUAUCGAUAGUAUACUAUUAUAACAUACUAUUACACUCUGUAAAAACAAACCACUUUCUAAUAGUAUUUCGCUAUACUGCAUUUAAGCUAAAGCGAUAUAAAGCAAAAUAGAAAAAAUAUAUAUCAGAAUAUAUAUGUAUUACAGGUUCCAAUAAUUAUUCUUUUAACAAUUUUUUCACGAUACAAUAACAAACCGCUGUGUUUGUUUCGAGUAGAAUUUUCUAGCAAAGCAAAGUAGUUAACGCUACCCUGCUAAAAUCAUGUUUCACCUCUAUUGAUUAUAACUCUGUAAUUAUUUCUAUUUCGAUUACGAAGCACGAAGUAAAUAUAAAAUGAAACUUGGAACGAUUCGCUAUGUUAAAAUUAUGAUUACCAUGAACAUUCUCGAGAUGGAUAAACAGAAACGAAGGAAACGUUAGAUCGAAACAUUUCAAGGCCCCUUUUAUACUCGUAUACUAUUUGUAAACGCUCUGAUGAACGAUUUUUAAGGAACAUUUGGCGGAUCGACUCGCUAAUAUCCGCAACGACACUCUCCAUCCAAGACGAAGCAUUUUCAAAAGCGCUAGUUCGCUACACGAGAGAAAAGAAUCUAUUGAUUUUAACGUGUCUCGCGACUUUUCAAAAUGUUCCGUGCUUCACAGGUUGCUCGACAUCGAAAUUCGUUGCCGUAUGAUAUUUUCGGCGCCGUGGCUCAACUCGCAUGUAAAUAAACUGCCAAAGGAACAUUCAUCCGUAUAUCGUAGGGCCGUAUAGGUUAAUAGAUAACUCAUAAUGUUUAAAAUGCUACUUGAGAGAAUGAGGAAGAAAGAAAGGAAGAUCGAACGAGAGAGUGGAGAGAAGAAAGAGAGAAUGAGAGAGGGAGAGAUGUUAUAUUACGUUCGACACGCGCAGCGUUACCAUAAGCUGAGAUCCAUAAUGCAACGAUCGACACGAUUCCAUGCGCGACUUUUACAAUGGGUUUGUGCAGAAAUCGUGCUCGUUUUAACUUGUGUCUUUAUCGUCCUUCCUUUUAUAAUUCGUUCCUUUAAAAUGUUUUGUACCAAAUUCGCUUUAUUUCCCUUGAGGUAGGUAAUCUUCAUCGUUGGUAUAGAAGAUACAGUUACAAUGAACGAUAAAGAAAUUAGUUGAUUUAUUAUAUAUCGUUUGUUACGUGCAGUUAUCGAAACAAAUGGAACGUAUUAAUUGGAGAUGUGUGAUCUGUGUUUGACAUGUACUUCGAAUCUUUCAUUUAUCAACCGAUAGAGAUUUGUACACAAACCUGAGUAACUCAUGUUCGGGACCAACUAAAGCCACCAUCUGCAUCACUGCUUCCGAUUUCUGCUUUCAUUUCUGGUCAUUAGAUUUCAUACUUUUUUCUUUUUCUUUCUUUUUUUUUUACAUAUACGGAAUACGAGAAUAGCGUAGAUAACUCGUAUAUGUUUCACUUAUGGAAAUUCUACGGAGUAAUUUCAUUUCAAUGAUACGCGUUGGUUAAAGAAAAGGUUUAUCAGAAAACUAGCGCUGAAACGUUGGCGAGAUAAUUUACACGAUCAAAUUGAAUCUCACUACCACUGUACGUGUAAUUUUAUUUUUUUACACAUCUUUCCUUUCGACGUGCCGAAACCAAAACACAUAGGAAUUACGAACGUGAAUAUAUUUCAAGCGGAGCAAAGCAUUCAUAACGAGUCGUAUUAUCAGCUUGGAAAGUUCCAAUUCGGAUGAACGACGAUAGAAUUACUUGUCCUCGUACUAACAAACCAUUUCUCCUCGAGGGCCUCAACAACGGGACCGAAUUUCUCCAGAUUCGAAAAAUCGAAACGGGAUCACGACCCUUCUUCCCUGUUUCCCCCAUGUUUAUAACAUCAUGUUAUGUUCAUAAUAUAAUACGAUUUCGCGAUCGACAUUUUUCCCAUUUAUUCGGCUCGCUAUUUUUCAUCGCAGAUCGAAAUAGUAUCGACGAUAACUAACAUCGCGGAAAUUAUUCAAAUGUUGCUUUAAACGUUUUUCUCCGAGUCUCCAAGAAAGAGUUAUUUUUCUAUUUUUUACUUUUCAAUCGUGAACGCAUACGGAGUUUCUAUUCGAAGUUUCAUAUCCAUUCUAGUCGCGAUCCUUGAUAUAGCGUUCGAGGAACAAAGUUGACAAAUAUCUUUCCUCGAGAAUUAUUUAGAUAACAUAAAGAGGUGCAAAAACAACAAAAAAAAAAAACACCACACUCAUUAAAUAUCCGUAUUAAUUGUGGGGGAAAUAAUAAACUGCAGACUCGCCCGUUUGUAUUAUAGAGACAGCUAAGAAGAAGGCGGUGUAAAUCCUUCGAACUGCGAAAUACGAAACGAUUUGUAAUAAGGAUAGCGACUUUUUUAGUAUUUAUAAACCAUCGAAUAGACUUUAAUAGUUAAAUACAUUUUUUUAACGUUCACUUACCCACUUUGUAAGCAGAGCGCACGUUUACCGCUUCAACCGACGAGAUUUCCAUUUAACGAACGAAACGCGUAAAUCCGCUGAAAGACGAGAGGAGAAAAGCAGCCACCAGGUAGAGAAGAAACGCGCAAAGGGGUAUAUUGCAUAGUCAUCUAGCUAGCUUCGAACACUAUCGAGGGACGUAUUUCAUGCGAAAGAUUCCGCGGGAUUAGACUUAUAUCAAUCUACACAUGGUAUUCACAGCGACAGACAUUAUCAAGAAUACAGCGCAAAGUCCAAGCGAAUAAUCGUUAAGAUACACCAGUAUCCGAAAACCUAUCUUACCUUGAAGCAAGGGCGUAAUAACUCGAAGGGUGGAAGAAAUUAUAUAUCGUAUUAUCAGGAUGUUUAAAUUCCGCAAGCGACUAAAAUUAAAUACCUGUGCUGUGUACAUAUCGCGAACACGGAUUUUCUCCAUUCCUAUAUAAUUGCGUAAGCAAAGAAAUUUUUAAGAGUUUAAGAAUCGAUCGAAAGAAGUAGCGGUUAACCGCGUUUCAAGAAAGAUAUUUGCUUCUCUUAGCAUCAGAGCUGCUCUCUUCCUUUGUAAUUUGUUUUACAUCGUUAUUAUGGAAAGAAACUCUUCUGGUAAAUAAAAAGUAAUAAUAUAUCGAUAAUGUUACUAAAUGGUAUAAUGUUUAAAGGAUUAGAGGGUCAGAGUAGGUCGAGUUACUUCGUCUUUGCGACGAGGUAUCGGGUGUACUAUUGUUCUACUGCCAUGUUCUAAAACUAGGAAGAACAUUGAAAUCAUUGAAUACCCUAGUCCUAUGCAUCGUCGUAAGAUCAUUACACAGGAGACACUGGACGAUUAAACUGUCUCUCUCUCUCUCUUCGUUUUAUAGAAGUUUUGCACGCGAUCGCGCUUAUUUCCGAUCGAGUGUCGAUUUAUCGGCGGGGCGCAACGCCGUGAAAAUCCAUUUUGAUCGGUGGAUGCGGUUGAAGAUACAACGGUAUCGCUGGCGACUACGAUAAAACGAAGAGAGAACGUUGAAUCGCAUUCGAAUAGGACAAGAGGAGUGCGUUUAAUCAGCAGCCUUACUUAUACAAUUAUUAUCUACAUUAUUGUACUAAAUUUAUAAGCAUGAUUUGUGUACGUAUAUGUAUGUCGACGUACUUUUGAUUAUAGCCUUGAGAGAAUGCUGUGGACAACGAUAAUCUCUGAGCAACGUAUGGCUUGGUGUAGUACGUUUCCGGAUAAUUAUUGUACCUUCGGUUACGAAGAAUACGUUCCGUUUAUUUUUGUUGCUCGAUACUCGUACCAUUGAUAAAUCUAAAAUUCUAGGCUAUUUAAAUGGCUGUGAUACGUGUACGUUCGUAAUUUAUUACUCGUUGCCAAAUAUGUACUUGGUACUUUACUCAAUACGAUGAUUUAUUUGUAUCGUUUGUAUCGUUUGCGUAUAACAAUGUAUUUCUAAGCUGUCUCUACGGAUACGUUAGGAAACGAUACCCUUCAAUUAUUUAGCCAGUUGCUCCGAGUCACGUGUUAUUUCAUAGUGUAAAAUAUUCCAGAGCACAGCAUUGAAACUGCUGAUGAACAAUUUGCGACUUUACCCAAUAUUAUAAGCCUUCCGAUAUCUUAUCAUGUAUCAAUAUCGUUUCAGAGAUACUAGAUUUAUAGUUGAACACUUUAAGCUCCAUCUUCGACAAAAGUGUCUUACCUAUAACACGGGCGAACAAAAUAAAACGAUAACCCUAUUAGUGUAGCUGCUAAUUCGGUAUUUGUAUACACUCCUUUUUGUUAUUUAUCGAUUUACCGAGACCCGUCUAAUUAAUUAAAAGCGACGUUCGUCGAGAAACGCGUGUGUACAUAUACGUAUAUCAGUUUCAUUCGCGACGAUAGAAUAUCAGGAUGGCGCGGUAAAGGGAAACAAAGAUGAGAAUGUAGUGUCUCUGAAACCUUGGAACGCGGGCGAGGAGCGAGUUCGACGAUUCGCGUGAUCGAGCUCGCUUCUGCUCGCCUUAGUUUUUAUUCGAUUUUGAGAAACUCGAAUUUACACGAUCGAUAGAACUAACUCGGAUGAUCUUCGCGGUAUAAAUCUCCUCACGACUGUUUGCAUGAUAUUGAUUUUAUUGAAGAUGUUUAUCGGUGUUACAAAAGAGCUGAGACGCGCGUGAAUGCACGAGUCGUUGGAUGUGGUCGUCUCGCAUUGCAGCGGGCACGAUUCGUGAAAGUUUGUUGAUAAUCGAUCGACGUGGUCCGAUCGGCAGGUCGAUUCCCGUUAUACUAUCCGAUCGAUAUCUUAUGCAUGGAAACCUCCCAAUCGCCUAAUUCAUAUUGUUACGCGUGUUGUAUGAUUUCGUUUGAGCGAAUAUUGGACAAAAUGCACGGACACUCGAUGGAACCACGUACGUUCGGGAUCGAUGGUUCGAAAUACUUCGUCGGCUAGCGAUCCUUGCGAGAAUUUCUCUGAUCAUUUUGUGGAUCAUCGUCCUCUUGCGCAAUGAUUUGCAACUUGUGCCAACACGAUAACACGACCGUCUUCCUCGCACUCCUCUCGAAGUAUAUAUCUGUCGAUGUUCGCCAAUCCUUGUCGUUGGUUACUAAUUUCGUUUUUACGUCGUGUGUCUUCGGUUGUUUCAUUGGUACCGAUUAGUAUCGACAAUUUAGCAGAUAAUAACGAAUAAGUAUUUACGAAUAUUGUUUACGAAUAAGUGCCAAUAUUAUACAGGAAGUAUAUUUGUUACAUGUAUUCACGAGAUUUUAUAAAUAAGAGUAUUAAUCGUCAAUUACAAAUACAAUUUAACCAUUUAUUUUAUAUCGAAUGAAUGUUUAUCUACUUUACAACCUACAAUCUUGCUUCUAUAGAUCCAAGAAAUUCGUUCGCAUUUAAAUCAGAAACAUUUCUCUCGCCGCAGUUUUACUCGCGUGAUGCGUAGAUAUUUUUGAAAUUCCUAAAGUUUCUCGAUGUUUUCUUUCAACGAUAUACGUACCGUAUCGUGAUACGUCCGUUUUCCACAAAAUGAUUCAGAAAAUUCUUAAUUUAUUAAUUCGGAGUUUGCGUAAAGUAAUAUAUUAGGCCAGUUCAUAUCAAGCGAUUAAUUAUGUGUAAAUAGUUCGAAUAACGUAAAGAAUAUUGUUCGGAAUUAAGUGAAAAUUAUUAUACAUGUUGGUAAAUUAGAGGUAUUUCGAUUAUUCGUUGUGUUACACGUAUUCGGCUCAUAAUUCGCAUGGGUUUCGACAACCAUUGAAUCUCUGAAAAGUAGAUGAUACAAAUUCGGCAAACGUUACAUGUAACGCUAUCAACACCCUGCUAUUCUUUCCGGGACUAUGUGAUCCGAAAUGAAUGUUACAUUUCGAUGGAUACUAUUGAAAUAUAAAUAGUUUUUCGAUGUUUGAUUUCGGUACUCUAUAUAGUGUUACUACCUUUGUGUAUCCCGCGCUUUUUACCAAUGAAAUAUUCCAAUGAACGAAGACGUAGAGCCGAGGAGAACAGCAGGGUUAAACUCAGUUGAAAGAUCGUUUUAAAACGAGCAGCGUAACUUCGUUGGCUCGCAAACCAGUGAUUUUUUAAUAUAUUAUAUAAACAACGAUUUUAAACGAUUGUCAUUUUCUUCGAUAUACGAUUACUUUUGUCAUACGAUUAAAGAUAUCUAUCGGUUUCUUGAGCCGAAUAUGUCCGAAAGCACCGAAACGUUCGAGUCUAAUCGACUUCGGCUUUCGAAUGAAAUUCUCAAUAGUUUAUCCGUAAUCGGCUCGACUUAAGUAUCGAUUAACCAUUGAAAAUUAAACGUGUUUCCGUAUUCGUCAUCUUACUACCUCGGUUUCUUAUCGCGGCGCUUUAGCGUUAAAAUAAGCUAUCCGAUAAAAAUAAAAGAGGGGGAGGGGGGGAGAGAAAAAAAAGAAGAAGAAACAAGAGGCGAGUCUCUUAAUGAAUGGUCACUCAGGAAUAAAGUUAUAAUGUAAUAACAGUUGCGAUAUUGAAUAUUAACAUUUAACGAACAAUUUUUUGUAAAUAGGAGUAUAAUUACAAAUAAAUAUAGAUAUAUGAUGAUGAAUAUAUAUGAUAAUAGUAUGAACACGUAUAGAAGCUGCGUGCAGGGUUAUACAAAAGGUGUCGUGCGAUCGGAGUGUCGUUUCUUUCAACAAAAAGUUCACCAAUGUACAAAAGGGAAAUUAGUGGAGAAACCGAUCGUUUCUCGAAGCGAGGAAAGCGUAUAGCGGAUCGUGUGCGUGCCAAGAAAAAUAGUAAUCGUUGUUUCAAUAGCCGGAAAAGAGAAAAGCAGCGUUAGUGUACGAGAUACUCGUUCGAACUUCGUUGGAACCGUUUUCCCCUUUUUCUUUCUUUUUUUUUUUUUUUUUUUUUUUUUUUUUUUUUUUUUUUUUUUUUUAUCGUAACAUUUCUCCGAUCUAACGCCUGAACGAUGUCAUCCUGCGCAACUUUACGAUUGCCCCAAUAAAAGAUAACAAGCCUGCGAGAUAGUAAUGCGUGAAUGAAGCGGUAUCUAUAUGUAUACGUGUGUACACGAGGGACGAGGUAAGAAAGAGCGGGAACAAGAAAUAAGAGAGAAUGUAAACGCGUGGAAGAUACGUUAUGCGAGAGAGUCUACUUCCGAUUACAAAGAAUUGACCAAAACGUCUGCAUUAAGGUUAGAGCGCGACAUACGUUAAACGAUCGUGACUGUCAGAAGGGAGACAACAAUCGAGCUAACGGAAAUCACAAAUAAAAUUUAAAAAGAAGAAAAAAGAGAGAGGAGAGAGAGAGAGAGAGAGAGAGAGAAAAACGAGAGAGGAGAAAAAGAUAUCACGGCGAGAACACGACUGUAACCAUACAAUUAUCAAUUAGACUCGUAACGAGUAUACAUUGCGUGUAUCAUCGACUAUGUACUGGAACAUGAAUUAUGUCUACCCGCGCGAUUACGCGUGAAUUUUUGUCCAUUUCUACACGUAUAUCCGUUUCCUCCUCGACGAUAGAAGUUAUUUUUAAAUUUUCGAAACUUAGCUACGCCGCUCCCACGUGCGAGUGUCUGUACGAUCGGAUGUCAGUAGGAAUUCAGAAAUAUAAAUAGACGAUUGAAGUUGGCAAGAUGUAUCCUUCAACAAACACCUCUCUGCCUAUAUAUGGCAAAAGAUUCUCACUUUUCUUUUUCCUUUCUUCUACGCACAGUUGCGACGACCAACGUCCCUUUUUUCUUCCCUAUCAGUAUAUACAUAUGCAGUAUGAUUCACAGUACGAUUUGCUAUCUGGACGUUAUAUCGGUACAUUAUUUAAUUUGUUUGCCGGCUCUAAUAGCCAUAGGUUUCUGGACUAACGGUACGAUUAUAGUCCCUUUCUUUCUUACUUUUCUUUCUGUUUUAUUACGGCGCGUCUGUGGCGAGAUCGAUCGAGUAUUUUCUAUGUUUCAGUCAGUCUUCCUGCAUAUCUGCGUGCAUCUGUAAUAUAUAUAAGGUUUGUAUCGGCUUAUUUGUGGUGCAACAUCAGAAGAAUAUGCAUCUCUCGAAACCAUUCAACUUUCAUUCGAGUCAUGAAACUCGCAAACCAAAUUUAUUGCCAGAUCAACAGUUACAUUUUGAUAAUAUCACAAUCGUUUAUAUCGUAUUCGGCUGAAAGGACACGCGUCGGAAGAAAUAAUUAUUCAUCGUCUUUUAUUUGUACUUAUUGCUCGAUAGAAUUUCUAGUUGUAACGUUUCGAGCGAAACAUUCGAUUCAAAAUGAAUGAAUUUUAAUUCGUAAGUACACAUUCUUCCGGAGCAACGCUGACCAUGAGAACGAUCGAAUCUCUUUCCGCAGAAUAAUGGAUCCAGGAAACAGGGAUCUCCCCUCUUUCGUUGCGCAUAGCAACAUCGAAUACCAAGAGUCAAUAAAAACUGAUGCUUUUCUUUGUCAAAAAUUGAUCGAUACGAACUUUGAAAAGCGAUUUCGUUUCGUUUGAACAUGGCUACACUACUCACGUUUGAACUUCGUUCUCGUUCCGAAACAUAUCUUAACGUAUCUUUGUUAGUUGUUUUAUAUUCGCUCUGUAAUCUUAUAACGUUAACACGAUUACGCAUAUAAUUGAAAUUGAUUUUUAGCUGUCUAAAACGAAGAACGUAAGUGUAGUAAAAAGCUGGAGGUAACUAAGGACGAAAAGCUUUUCCAAGAUUUUAUCUUUUCAAAUACCUCAAAAAUUGAAUUUUACUGUCCCCUGACUCUGCCUUUGCAAACUUCUAGUAUGAUUCAUGAACAGUAUUAGCGUAGUAUGAAGUUCAGUACUCGCGUACAAAGCAAAUGAUGCAUAAUGAGUCGUCCGUUAUUUUCAAUGAUUCAUUCACCGGUUUGCAGAGAACCUGAUUACAUAACAUGCCGUAACAAACAAUAAUUCUUUUCUCCAUAUCGGUGUCAUAGGAUACUUUUCAUGCUCGAAACUAAGCACGGCAAACCCCCAAUUGGAUAUGUAACGCGUAUUGUUAUUAAAUAUAUUAAUAAUUUAGAAAUAAAAAAAAAACAAUGGAUUAACAAGUAUACCUUAUAUAAAAAAUAUAAAAAUCGUAUACCUUAUGUAUUCAUUAACUAUAUUACGCAAUUAAUGUAUAUUCAAUAUUAAUUAUGUCGUAUAAUCUCGAAUCAUAUUUCACGAUAAAAGUAAUAAAUAUUUUGUGAUUAAUAAUUAACAUUAAAAUGCGUAUGAAUAUUUUCAGACGACUAUUAAGUCGCAAUUUCCAAAGAUUUUACAAAGCAAUAUAUGAACGUAAUUAUUAUUAUAUGUAUGUGUUUGUAAUACUCGUAGAUUUGAAAUAUUAUAGCACAAGGGAAAAAUAUUAUAAUAAAUAGAAAAAUAUAGUGUGAUAAAUGAAAAAGUUUAAGAAAGCUAUGUUCUAUUGUCGCCACCGGAAAGGUAUUGUAACAGCAAUCCAGGGCUGUAACAAGGUACCAUCAGUGGCCUUGAACGUUUAUCCGAGAUUCAUUUUCAUGCUUUUCACGGCGAAUAAUUCUUGAAUCAUCGAUAUUGAAAGAUUCAAAGAUUAAGGAGAAAAGUAUAGAAUCACAAAAAAUAGGUAUCGCCUUCCAUACCAAAAAAUAAAUAAUUUCAUUAUUUAACAAACGUUAAUUUCAUAUCGAAUAUUUUAGAAAAUUUUUGCUAAGAAGAAAUAGAAAGUCUUAUUACCAAGAAAGGCGUUUUUGCAGGUAAAGCCAUAAAACGGGCAUUCUCGAACUACGGAUUACAGACCCUUGCCAUUGUAAAAAUUUGACCUGCUCCAAAGUAUUCUCGCCAUAUGCUAAGACACUAAGAUACAUAUCGAAAGGCAUUGCAGUUUACAGUGCUUUGGAACUGUACUUAUAUUUUACUUAUCUUUAUAUAUUAUCUCUCGAUAUAUUAUGCAAUUUAUUUUCCAACAUUUUCUUGUGAUAUCACCGUUUAAUCUUUGUUAUUCUAUUUAGAUAAAUUUUUAACUUGUCACAGUAAAAAAAAAAAAAUAAUAAAAA